GCUACCGGGUGUCCACCAUUUCAUUGCCUAGCUGCACACAGGCUAGAAGCAUGGCGCUCCGAUAGCUGCGUGCGGGUGGCACCCUGUUGCAACCGCUGCCUUGCAAGAUGGCGAGAUGGCCCGUCGACCCAAUCUCGCUGAGAUAUUACUAGCCUAGAUCAGAUGCUUCUUAACUGUGGAUCUGGAUCACGCCAGGUCAGGCGAGCCCUGCUCUGCUCUUGGCUGGCUUCACACCAAUAUGGUCAGCGCCGCUCAUCGUCCAUCGUCAAACACUCGCACACUGUGCCGCUCCUCAAACCUUGCCUUUAUGACAGAAGUGACACGCCACAGCUACAUAUCCUAACCACUGGCUGCUUCAGUAGGUUGAGUCCGUAUAUUGGGAGGGACUUUUCACGUCUUCCUUUGCCUCUAGGACUAUUGUUCGAGCGCCGCGUUGGCUAUGGAUAGCAGUCUCUACCAUCACCUGAGAGAUAAAAGAAGUACCUAGGCACUUUACAGUAACAUGCAUAGCAUUCACUGUGGAUGCUGUGGCUGUUACACUGAAAGCACCGUUUUCUCAGGGCUGGAAGCUGGAAAUCAACAGUGCGCAGGGCCAAGCCGAAUACUCAGCGGUUGAAUAACCUCAAGCGCAUCGAUGCCGCCUCGUUUUCGGUGACAAGGUGUCAAUGCAGUAAUUCAGCCAGACAUCGCCUCUACAUCGCCUCUACAUCGCCUCUACAUCGCCUCUACAUCGCAAUAGACGCCCCUUCGCAGAAGCGUCGCUCUCGCGCCAUUGUCAACCUAUCCAACGUUUCAACCACGUUGUGGCUUGUUCGUAACACCGG